UUAGCGUAUUUCCGGCAACGCCGGAAGUGGAGCGGGGAGGGUUACUGGGCGUCUCCGGGCGGAAGUGGAGCUGUCGGGGAAGGCGGCGGCGGCGGCGGCGAACGGUGCGGAGGUGAGCGGGAGAAGGAGCCGCGCCCUGAGCGACUGCGCGAGCAGGUGCUGAAAGAUGACAGAGCUGCAAAGCCUUGUUGAACGACUGGAGAAAGCCGUGGGGCGACUGGAGAUGGUGUCUCGUGGUCCUGGCGUGCACAGCAGCCAUGGGGACAGCCUCCCCAAAGGAGUUGCUGAGUUUGUGCAAGCUUUUGACGAACUCUUGGCAGGUCCAGUGGCUGCAUACAUGAAGAUCAGCAGAGAAAUUGGCAGCGAAGUCCAAAAACACGCUGAGAUGGUCCAUGCUGGAUUGAUGACCGAGAGAGUUCUCCUGGUGACAGCCUCUCAGUGCCAACAGCCCAUAGCAAGUAACUUCUCCGUCGUGUUGAAGCCAAUAUCGGAUCAGAUCCAGGUGGUCCAGAACUUCAGAGAGAAGAACCGUGGCAGCAAAUUCUUCAACCACCUCUCGACAGUUAGCGAAAGCAUCCCUGCACUAGGCUGGGUUGCCAUGGCCCCCAAGCCAGGCCCUUAUGUGAAGGAAAUGACAGAUGCCGCCAUGUUUUAUAGCAACCGGGUCCUCAAAGAAUACAAAGAUGUUGAUAAGAAGCACGUGGAUUGGGUGAAGACUUACCUCAGUAUCUGGACCGAGCUGCAAGCGUACAUCAAGCAGUAUCAUACCACUGGGCUGACCUGGAGCAAAACAGGACCGCAGCCAACUGAUGCAGAAAACGGAUCUCGGGCUCCCGUUUGUCGUGGCCCACCCCCUCCUCCCCCUGGCCCCCCUCCCCCUCCAGCUCCCGCCUCCCCAAAUGCUGGUUCAGAUUCCUCUGCCUCCCGCUCAGCGCUUUUUGCUCAGAUCAAUCAGGGAGAAGCCAUCACUACUGGCUUGAAACACGUGUCCGAUGAGAUGAAGACCCACAAAAACCCGUCGCUGAAAAGCCAAGGGGGUCCUGUGCGAACGGGGCCCAAACCGUUCACGGCUGCCAAGCCUCCCUGCACAGUCAACGUUUCCUCCAAAUUGCCCGCGAAGAAGGAGCCCCCCAUGCUGGAGUUGGAAGGCAAGAAGUGGAGAGUGGAAAACCAAGAGAACGCCUCCAACUUGAUCAGUGGCACGGAGUUGAAGCAGGUGGCCUAUGUCUACAAGUGUGUGAACAGUACACUCCGUAUCCAAGGGAAGAUCAACUCCAUCACGCUGGAUAACUGUAAGAAACUUGGGCUGGUAUUUGAUGAUGUGGUGGGCAUUGUUGAGAUAAUCAACAGCCGUGAUGUUCAAAUUCAGGUAAUGGGAAAAGUGCCAACCAUUUCCAUCAACAAGACAGACGGUUGUCAAGUCUACUUGAGCAAGAGCUCUCUAGAGUGUGAGAUUGUUAGUGCCAAGUCCUCGGAGAUGAACAUUCUUGUUCCUACAGACAACGGGGACUUUAACGAAUUUCCUGUCCCUGAGCAAUUCAAGACGCAAUGGAACGGGCAGAAGUUGGUCACCACGGUGACAGAAAUCGCUGGAUAAAAUGGCCUCCUGCUUCACGACCUCCCCUUCCUCUACCAUCACUUUGGGACAAAAAAAAAAAAAUGCUUUCUGGGGGCCAGCUUUUAGAUUCCUCGUCCCAUUUUUUCCAACUCUCCCUCUGCUUCUGUCUUCUUGAAAGACCUGCCACUCUCCCCUGACUGAAAAUACCUCAGGCUGGAAUUUGGGGUUGGGGGGGGGGGCAGGUUCAUUCCAUUCUCUCCCUUGACUGGCAGGAAGGUGUGGCAUUCACUCCCCUUCCCCUCUGGCCAGGCAACACCCAUCUUGUCCAGUCGGUGCAGGUGUCAAGCUGGCCACAGAGUUCCACUUCAAUGAGGAAUGUUGGGAGGGAGGGGGAUAAAGUUUCUAUCAGCAUAUGGUACCCCUCCCCUUUAGGGAUGUAUGAAAUAUACUUGACCGGCUUAUUAUUAGAUCGGGGAAGGUCCGAGGGAAAUGAUUCUGCUCAACGAACCUCACCCAAGAGAUGCUGAGAAUAGCUUUGCUGGACCAAAGGCUGAAAAAUGGGAUGUGUAACAUUCCUUCGCCCCUAUUUCCCCCUUCCUGUGUUGUCCUUGUAAAUUCUGUGUUGUGCCAUGAGGUGGGGGAGGAGGGGAACUGCCCUGGUGCAGGUGCCACGAGACGACCACGGAACAAUUUUUUUUCCAUUCUGGGCGCCUCUCCAGCAGUUCAAAGCCUGCUCCUCGACCCCUUCCAUUCAAGCCUUCUUACAAAGGGAAAAUUGUGGCUAAGAGGCCUCUUUUUGAACAACUGAACACUGUUCAGUCUUCCAGGACAGUUUUUCCCAGAAUUUGUAUCAGGUGUUUUUUUUUUCACACACACACCCCCCUCCAAGGGCAGAAUGAAUUCUCCAUUCCAAGAGAAGUAUUUGUUUGUAAGCACAAUUCCAUGGCGUUUUGGUUCUAUUGCUCACCGGCAUUUAUUAGCCCCAUAGCAUUUGGGCUCUUUAGCUAGUUCUCCCUCUCUCCCUUGCUGCUUCUUCUGCAGAGUUUCGCGUCACACAGCACUCUGGCGAUCGUGCCCAGGCUGAAGGCAUGGUACUGCAAUGACCCACCACAGGGAGCUGCCUGUCUUAACUGUAGUAAUGCAGAUAAUAUCUUUCCUCCUUUUUGCCACGUUUUUGAGUUUUCCACUUGAAAAUUAACAGAAGAUAUGCACCUCUUUAUUUUGAAACUGUCCUGUGACUUGUACUUCUCUUCCGAGGCUUGUGGAAUAUAAAAAAAAAAAUCUUUCUUAUGUACUUAAAAUUAUACCGAAGAUAGAAUAAAAUUAAUGCCAAGUUGCU